CCAGCUACUCUCAGUGAUUUACUACUACAACCUACCACACUGUCCCUGUUCACUGAAUAACUCCAGCAGCUUCUGCAGCAGAGUCCAACUUCUCCAUCAUCUCUAAAGGUUCAAGGAGAGUUAUUUUGUAAAAAUAGCAGAAUUGGAAGAGAGAGAGCCAGUGUUAGAGGAAGUGUGUCAGAGGAAGUCAUCAUGUCUCUAGAAGUGAAGGAGAAGACUGAGGUGCGUCUGGUGUUCCUGGGGGCGGCUGGGGUGGGAAAGACGGCCCUGAUCAGCCGCUUCCUCCAGGACACAUUCGAACCCAAGCACCGGCGCACCGUGGAGGAACUGCACAGCAAGGAGUUCGACAUCGGAGGGGCCAAGGUCACCAUCCACAUCAUGGACACCAGCGGCAGCUACUCCUUCCCAGCCAUGAGGAAGCUCUGCAUUCAGAACAGCGACGCGUUCGCCCUUGUGUACGCCAUCAAUGACCCGGACUCCCUGGAGGUUGUCAAGAGCCUGCGAGAUGAGAUCCUGGCGGUCAAAGAAGACAAAUUCACACCCAUCGUGGUGGUCGGCAACAAGACGGACCGGCAUGGCGAGAGGACGGUGUCCAGCGAAGACGUGCUGUCCACUGUGGAGCUGGACUGGAACAACAGCUUCUUGGAGACGUCUGCCAAGGAGAACAACAACGUACUGGAGGUGUUCAGGGAGCUGCUGCAACAAGCCAACCUGCCCAGCCGGCUGAGCCCCGCACUGAGACGACGCAGGGAGACCUUCCCCAAAGACGGCAACAAACGGCCCCCCAUGAACAAGACCAACAGCUGUCUCAUUUCCUAAGGCAGAGGGGCUGGAGGGGUCUGACAGACAGACAGGGGACAGAGAGGCUGAGGAUGGGGACCCGAAGCUGGGUCAGUGUUACAGACAAACACAGUGGUGUUGAAUGUGCUACUACUGCUGCUGCUAUAGACCGUGCUGCUGAGUUGGAGUCUGACGGCUUCAAUUCCCUGUAAGCCUCCUCAUCUAACCAUCCUAAGUAUCUCCACCACACCAUUUCCACUGAAGUAGAGGAAAGGAACACUGACUGUUAAAGGGGAAGCAGAACUAAUGACGUCACACAGGUGCGGGACAUUGAUAAAGCUGAAACUAAAUGAAAAAAGUGCACUGAAUGUCCUGAAUGUGGUGGUGUCAUUGUUAAAAAUAUACUGUGACAGUGCAAAAGUGGCAAUGAGCUUACUUUGUCAAGUUUUCAAUCUAUGUCCUACUAUGUUACUGUUGUGUUUGCCUUUUGUAAGUGUCGACGGUGUUCACUUGCAAUAACUGUGACGAUAGACAGUUGUGACUAAUUGGGAAAAGGCUGAAUUUGGACAAUGUGUCAUGAGAGCUUUUUUAUUCAUCAAGUGAAGUUUCUUUGCGAUAAAUCUUUAGUUUGCUUGUCAUGGCAACAAAGCAUAGUUUGUUCUGAAUCAACUCUGGUUGCGUUCCUCAUUCUAUAAUACCAAUUUGUUGUUUGGCAAUAUUCAUAUGCACUUAGGAGUUAUUUUGCACAGAUAUCAUUAUUUAUUAAACAAUGUACAAAAUGUGUUCAAAUAUAAAUUGAGUGUAUUGUUUUUCUAUUAAUAUUUGAAGUACAUGUUGAUGAUUAAAUCAUGUUUAUUCACCAAAACAGUAUAACAAAUACAUUAUGGCUUUAUUACUUGUUGUAUAUAUAUAUUGUCUAUUCAUGAUAAAUAAAAUAUUAUUA